AUGAAAAGCCAAGAAUUUAUUGUACUGUAUACUCAUCAGAAGACGAAGAAGUCAAAAGUGUGGCAAGAUGGAAUUUUGAAGAUCGCUCACCUAGGAAACAAAGCAAUUUUAUAUGAUGACAAAGGAGAAUGCUUGGAGAGUUUAUUUCUGACGCGUCUUGAGGUAAAACCUGGAGACGACUUAGAAAGUGAGCGAUACUUGAUCACAGUGGAGGAGGCGAGAGCUGCUGGGAGCACAGCUGGUAGCCGGGAGGACAUUCAGGAAGCACGAGGGCCCCGUCCACUGCGGUCCGUGCGCUGCGGCUGGUCCCUUGGGUGUCAGCCUGCCGGUUUGAAAAGGAAGUUUACUGGUUUUCAAGGUCCACGGCGAGAGCCAAAGAAAAUGGUUACUACGGAUAAUGGCGAAUCAGCCGCAUCACUUGAGGCUGCAGCCCCUGGCCCUGCUCUUCUCUCUCCGUCCUCGAGCACGCCUCUGUUUUCUGCUGCUGGCAGGAAGGACGUGAGCAGCCUGCCAGCAGACCGCAGGAGCAUUGUCGUCCGCAGGGACAGCGGGAGGAGUGGCCCGCCGGUGUCUCCCGUUGGCUCUGCCCCCUCCUCCAGGAGUGACCCCGAGAGGCUGAGGGAGGAGGGUCAUCUUUGCUCACCUGUCAGUUCUGCAGUCAAGGCCGCCAUUUCUUUACUGCCUGACGAGCCCACGAAAGGACAUCUCUUGGCACCUCGCUGUUUAGGAGUCACACAAAACAUCAGGAGCAAAGCACAGAUCCUAGCUCUUCUGAAGUCCAAGCCAGCCAGUAUGUCUGAGGAAGUGGACGCUGAGAUGUCAGGACAUGUCCCUCAAGUACAACCACAAGGAAGCUUACAAAUGCCUACUAAACCAAAGUGCUUCGUUGAACAGGGAGCGGGUGCUGCGGGGAGAACAGGAAGCGUACAGCGCCGGCGCCCAUCAGAAAGCACGGGGAGCGGUGACAGCCGGUGGGCCGUGUGCUUAUCCUCACAGCCCUCACCUGCUCCUUCCACCGCCGCUGGAGAUGAGCUAGCAAGGAAGGCCCAGGCUCAGGGAGAUGACGUCAAGUUAAAUCUGAGAGACUUUUGGGGACAAAACAGGAUCCAGUUAUUCGAAACAGGUGUUGAAAAUGUGGAACAGUUCAAUGGAGACAAGCUGAUAGACGAUGCUGAUUCAUCCUGGGAUCAGGAAGUAAAGUUGGAAAUUCCCUCAUUCAGUGAAAGCUUAUCUGUUACCUGUGACAAUUUGGGAAAGGAUGGCUUAGUGUCAGGAUCUGACAUGCAAGGAAAUAUUCAAAUGCCUGUUAAUCAAAAUGACCAGGUGUGCGUAAAAAGAUUCGUUCUUACCAGAGAAAAUGCUCAGGAGAUAGAUACGUGUGGGACGCCAGCAAGGGAGUAUAAACAAGCAUUGUCUCACCUGCCAGAAUCCAAACGUCUACAACUUGAAUCUUCCCGGAGUGACAGCUCUAAGAUCUCUGAAGCCGUCCCUGACACGUUUUCUAGGGCUAAUGCUGACAGUGAAAGUCUUAGUAUUCAUGGACCCGGGAGUAAUGUAACACAGCCAGUUUUGGAGGUAAAUUUUAAUCUGAACAAUUUUGAAACCAGUGACACGGAAGAGGAAUCCCAGCAAAGCAACAAAAUGUCCCAGGACCCUGAGGAUUGGGAAAGGGAGGCCUUGGCUGAUGCCUGCAGUUCAGGGGUGCAGAGGAGAUGUGAGGGUGUGCGCUGUGAGGAGGAUGACGGUGCACCCUUGCCUCUCUUAAUGCCUAUUGGAGGUAAACCUACAGAGCCGUUUCCUACCCCAGAGACCCUGCCGUCACAGCUUUGUGGUACAGCUGGACCCACUGGAGAUGAAGUAGCCGGGCGUAGUGACUCCACUGCAGGGUGGGCCGAUGAUGUGUAUUCAGGUAAUGAAGCUGUUAAUAGCCCUAUCCAAAAGGUCAGAAGUAACUGUGAUUUUGCUUCACUCCCGAAUAAAUCUAAAGGUAUAAAUUCAAAUUUAUAUAUUCCUCAUUUUUUAAACUUAGACCCUAAUCAAACUCCUGAAAGCAACCUAUUUUCAGAACAGACUCAAUCUCAGCCUUUUUUUAUGGGAUGUGACUUAGAUACAAAUGAUGAACAGGUUUUAAUGUCAACAUCUGGCAGUGACGACAGUAUCCCACGAUUAAAUGCCAGUCAGAGUCACUUUGACGAAUGUAUUGCUCUUGAUAAGUCAAACCCCCAAGUUUCCAAUCCUUUGUUUUACCCUCUGGGAAGAAAGCAUUCUAUUUCCAAAGACACAGGAGCACAUAAUCCUGAAUGUGAAGAUUUGGGAGGGAUUCCAAGUUUACCCCAUGACCGUGUUGAAGUAGAUACUGCUGGAGCAAGCAGACAGUACUGGAAUCGUCCUAGGAAUUCUUCAGAACUUUCUGGAUUAGUAAAUAGUAUUUCCCUUUUAAAGUCAUUGUCUGAACACAGUACAGCUUUAGAAGGCUUGGAAGUGUUGAAAAAGAAAAAUUCUGCCUUUAAACAACAAGGAACACUGGAGACACUGCCAGAGAGCAGCCCUGAAGCCGGGAAGCCAUUGAUUCCAGUAGUUUCGCCAGCCAUUCCACAGUUUCCUCAUCUGAACCAGGAUUCUCAACUGUGUUCUGCGCCCAUGAUGGUGAGAGAAAGUGACGUUGACCAAAGUGGACCGCUGCAGUCUCUGCAGCCUGUUGAGUUCCAAGGGCACCAAGUGCAGGGAUCUGCGACCAGUGCUGUGAUGGUCCGAGGGCACUGCCCGCCGCUGGGGUGUAGCCGGCUCCCGGGUCACCCCGAGCACAACAGCUCCACGGCCGACGCCUGUGCUUGGGCAACCGAGCUGCCUCGCACUUGUGCGAAAGUUGACCUCUUGCAGGUGCCCCCGCCAGCACAGGAGAGCUCAGCACCAAGCCCCGCGUCCGCAUUCUCUCUGGGCUCCCGAAACGAGGCCUUCCUGCUAGAAGUCCCCGAGGGGGCCCUGCAAAGGGUGAGAGGCGGGCUCCGGCAGCAGCGGUGGCAGGGCGUGGGCACGCGGGACCUUGUUUGCGGGAGGAAAGCACCGUCUUUGAGGCUGGAGUCUGCGUCCGAGGCCGAGGACGUUCGGGAGGUGCGGGAAGAGGCUGCGAGCGCCGCAGGCUCACAGGAGGUCAGCGUCUCCGAGCUGUGCUUCCCCAGCGGGCGGGAGAUCCGGUCUGCACUUCUUCCCCGAAGGCGCACACGCGUGCCCGCCGCCUUCCAGUCGCCCGCUCACUACCGGCGCGUCUUCACCGCCUGUCUCGUAGAACAUCUGAAUAUACUGCUGUGCGGGCUGGCGCAGAGGCUGCACAAAGCUCUCUCUACAGUCGACAUGUCCUUUUACACAUCGUCACACGGAGAGAGAGGGAGCGCUGUGGGAAACAGAGUGCCAUCCUGCCGCCAUCAGCGGCCCGCGAAGCUCGUCAUGGUGAAGAAGGAGGGUCCCAACAAGGGUCGUCUCUUUUAUGCCUGUGAUGCACCCAGAGCUGACAGGUGUGACUUUUUUAAGUGGUUUGAAGAAGCGACCGCAGGACAUGUCACACAGGAGGACUGUCCACCGGCCCUGGUGCUCAGGGACGGGAAGAGCGUCGGUUCGUACCUCAGGAGCCAGAGCAUCGCCCUCUACGAGGAGUGCCGGCUUUCCGUGAGAAAAGGAUUUGAUUUUCAAAGAAAACAGUGUGGCAAACUAAAGAAGUUGAGGACCGUAAACCCUGAAUUGUACAAUGAACCUAAAAGCAAGCUGUAUCUCAAGCUGAGCCGGAAGGAAAGUUCUUCGGCUUACAGCAAAGACGACCUGUGGGUGGUCUCCAAGACCCUGGACUUCCAGCUGGACACGUUCAUUGCCUGCAGCGCUUUCUUCGGGCCGUCGUCCGCCAACGAGGUGGAGCUGCUUCCUCUGAAAGGCUACUUCCCCUCCCGGUGGCCCACGGACGCAGUCGUCCACGCGCUGUGGGUCUGCAACGCCAGCACCGAGCUGACCACCCUGAGAAACAUGCAGGAGCACUUCAGCCCCGCGACCCUGCCUCUGGCGCAGCACCUGUUGGCCAUGCCUUCGUCAACCACAGUUAGCAAUAAGAGAGGGGAUAAAAGAAAAUUUGUCCCACCAGCCUUCUCAAAUACCAACAUGAACUGUGAGUUGCCCGGCCCAGGAGCAGCCCUGCAGUUAGCCAGUGAGUUCAUCCAGGCACACCAGCUGAACGAGGACCAAGCUUCAGCUCUCACCCAGAUAGCAUGCAUGGUGGCAUCACCUGGGCCUGCCGAGGAAGGGAAGGGGCUGCCCGCCGGCACCCUCCCCAUCACCAUCAUCCACGGAGUUUUUGGAGCAGGAAAGAGCUACUUGCUGGCAGUGGUGAUUCUGUUUUUGGUGCAGCUGUUUGAAAAGAGUGACGCUCCCACCGCAGGAAGUGCACGGCCAUGGAAAGUGCUGGUUUCUUCUUCCACUAACGUAGCUGUGGACAGAGUGCUCCUCGGGCUUCUCAGUCUUGGAUUUGAAAAGUUUGUCAGAGUGGGGAGUGUUAGGAAGAUUGCCAAGCCGGUCCUACCUUACAGCUUGCAUGCUGGCUCAGAAAAUGCCAGUGAGCAAUUGAAGGAACUCCACGCGCUGAUGAAAGAAGACCUGACUCCCAUGGAAAGAGUCUAUGUGAGGAGAAGCAUCGAGCAGCAUAAACUGGGGACCAACAGGACCCUCCUGGGGCAGGUCCGCGUGGUGGGCGCCACCUGCGCAGCCUGCCCGUUCCCCUGCAUGGCCGGCCUGCGGUUCCCCGUGGUGGUGCUGGACGAGAGCAGCCAGAUGACAGAGCCCUCCUCCCUCCUCCCCAUCGCCAGGUUUGGGUGUGAAAAGCUGGUUCUCGUUGGGGAUCCCAAGCAGCUUCCCCCCACCAUCCAGGGAUCGGACGCAGCUCAUAAAAACGGGUUGGAGCAAACUCUGUUUGAUCGACUCUGCUUAAUGGGCCACAAGCCGGUCCUGCUGAGAACCCAGUACCGCUGCCACCCGGCCAUCGCUGCUGUGGCUAACGACCUGUUCUACGGCGGCGGCCUCAGGAACGGCGUCUCGCAGGCUGAGAGGGGCCCGCUGCUCGCCUGGCUGCCCACCCUGUGCUUCUACAACGUCCCGGGGCAGGAGCAGAUGGAAGGAGGUAACAGCUUUCAUAAUGAGGCGGAAGCCGCUUUUACCCUGAUGCUGAUUCGAUCUCUGGUUGCAGGUGGAAUCCCAGGCACCAUGAUCGGGGUGAUAACGCUGUACAAGUCCCAGCUGGGCAAGCUGUGCCACCUGCUCGGGGCCGUGGACCUGGACCGCCCGCACCUCGCGGCCGUGCAGGUGUCCACCGUGGACGCCUUCCAGGGGGCCGAGAAGGAGGUGGUCGUUCUGUCCUGCGUGCGCACCAGGCAGGUGGGCUUCAUCGACUCAGAGCAGCGCAUGAACGUGGCCCUGACCCGAGGGAGGCGGCACCUGCUGAUCGUGGGACACCUGGCCUGCCUGCGGAGGAACCGGCUGUGGGGCCGCGUGAUCCAGCACUGCCAAGGGAGGGAGGACGGGCUGCAGCAGGCCAGCCAGUGCGAGCCGCAGCUGCGGCGGCUCCUGGAGGAGCACGCCGAGAAACGCGCGGGAGAAAAGCAGAGGACAGCCAGCGGGAGAGACAGACGUCAGGAUGCGCCUCGUUCUCCAGCGAAGGGGCCUGGAGUGGGGCCUCUGUGUUAGGGGCACAGGCCCCCGCACACUCGGUUCCUGUUACCCCAGACCCCUCUCAGAAGGACUCAUGCUAUUGGAGUCACACCGGAUAAAUGCACAUAAACACUCCGCACGAGUCCACAGUGCUUACACUGAGAUAAGCUGGUGAUGGUGAUAUAGAAGCUUAUGAGCAUUUUUUUCUAAAAAUUAAGAAUUUGCUUAAAAAUAAGUUUUACACGGGGCAGGGGAAGCCUUCAUGGCUUUUCAGUGUUGCUUCAAAAGUGAGUGAACUGACAAAACCGGUUUGGCUCAGUGGAUAGAGCGUCGGCCUGCGGACUCAAGGGUCCCAGGUUCGAUUCCGGUCAGGGGCGUGUACCUUGGUUGCGGGCACAUCCCCAGUGGGGGGUGUGCAGGAGGCAGCUGGUCGAUGUUUCUCUCUCAUCGAUGUUUCUAACUCUCUGUCCCUCUCUCUUCC